CAUACUGUGCACAGCAGUGCAAGUUGUUGUCAAUGGCUGACGAUGAUCUGGACGAGCUCUUGGAUGAGGUUGAGAGCAAAUACUGCGGCCCCGGACCGCCUGAGUCCUCUUGUAGUGGAGCUGAACGUGACAGACAGAAGCCUACCAGUUCUACUCUAUGUAAGCCAGAUGACAGCCACGGGAAUCAUGGAAGUUACAGUUCUUGUUUCCUCUUGCACUCAGUGAAAGGGAGAAAUUCUACUGCAGCUCCUUUUGGUGCUCUGCGAGCGUCCAGUCUACAUAACAGAAAAACUUUAGUUCAUGCGUCUACAGAAGAAGAAAAUCUUGAUGAUUUAAUUGAUGAUCUCUUGGAUGUAAACUGCAAGGAAGACAACGUGACGCAAAAGAAGAUAUCUGCAAAUAAACAGUCUUGUAAAACAUCCAACCAGAUGCCAAAGAGGAAAUGUAGCCCAGUAUAUGCUGGUGGAAACAGCUUACCAUUUGGCAUUGCUACAGUUAUAUCUGAAAGGGCAUGUGACCAACUACGCUGCACUGCUUGUGACUUUAAAGUAGUAAUAUUUGAUAACUGUGAAUGGGAUGCGUCUUGUGAUUAUUACUUCUUCAGGAAUAGUAUGCCUGACAUCAGCAGAUUGCAAACCAAGACAAUAAGGAAGAAGGGACCACGAGCUUAUGCGUGUCAGUGCAGUUGGAGGACUAUACAAGAAAGAACUGAGAUCAGGACAGACCAGCAACUGAAAUGGGUCUGCGGCAAACACUAAACCUUACAUAAUCUGCACAGACUGAGGAUCGGCAGCAAGCAAUAUUGAUGCAUGUAUUACCUAUCUACAGGAAUCUGCAGUAUUUUUAUCAAAUUGUUUUCAUACUGGGCUGUAAAGGCUUUGCUGUGUAGCCAUAGUCAUAUAAUAAUUUAAUUAGUAAAAUAAGAAAUGAAGCUAUAACCAAUGACUUGGGAAUGGGAACACUAAAAUAUUUGAUAUAUUUCUCCAUUUUUUUCACAUAGCAUUCAUGUUUAUUGUUAAGCUAAAGUAUAGCUUUGUUUUUGCUUAACAGUAAAGGGACACUGAACCCACAUUUUUUUCUUUCAUGAUUCAGAUAGAGCAUGCAAUUUUAAGCAACUUUCUAAUUUACUCCUAUUAUCAAUUUUUUCUUCAUUCUCUUGCUAUCUUUAUUUGAAAAGCAAGAAUGUAAGUUUAGAAGCCGGCCCAUUUUUGGUUCACAACCUGGGUUGUUGAUUGGACAGCACCAAAAAACAAGUGCUGUCCAGCGCCCUGAACCAAAAACAGUCUAGCUCCUUAGCUUAGAUGCCUUCUUUUUCAAAUAAAGAUAGCAAGAGAACAAAGAAAAUUUGAUAAAAGGAGUAAAUUAGAAAGUUGCUUAAAAUUGCACGCUCUAAAUGGGUUUAGUAUCCUUUUAAGUUCUCACACAAAUGUAACUUUUUCCUUUUGCUUUUACUAACUUGCCUUCCAAAAAGAAUGAUCAGUUUUGAAUAAAGAUUUGUUUUUUAAUAGGUGUCAUUCAUUUGUAUGUAAUAUGCAUUGCAAUCUAGAAAACACACAAUUGUAGCUUUGCACAUUUUCCAUGAUGCCAAUAAUUCUUCCAUGUGCGCUGUACAUUUGUUUUGUUAUGAAGUGCUGAGUACUUCAGGUGCAGUUUUACUUGACAGAAAUGAGGGUAAAAACAUGGACAUUUCCUUCCUGAAAACACCACAACAGACUUAUUGGCAUCUAAUAUGUCCUGCGCAUGUGCAGCCCCUGGUCUGCGCAGGAGCACUUCUUUGUUUUAACAGCAAACCUGUUUGUCUAGGGGCAGCAGUACUGUCUAUAUAGGCCUUUGUUGCUUUUGGCUUCUUCUUAUUAAGCUUAUGUACUGAUCUAUCUUCCUGUAAGUAUAUCCACUGGCAACUCAUAUAUAAGUCACUGUGUUACUUAAGUCUCCUCCUGCCUUUUAUCUAGCGGUUAUUACUGAAGUAUCUUCUAGACUUUAGGCUACUACUUCCUUAUGAUUGCAGCUGCACAUUCAUUAUUAAGCAGAAGAUUUAUUUUUAUGUUUGUAUUUGUUACCUUCUAUCAGCUACACAGUGUGACAAUAUGGGGACUUGAAUUUGUAAUCACCAGUACUUUUAUUUGUUAAAGGAUUAUGUAAGAUGUAAAAGUGAUUUUAUAUAUACCUAUAUAUAUAUAUAUAUAAUUAGUUAUUUGUAGAGUGGCGACUAAUUCAGCAGCACCAAUAUAUAUAUAUAUAUAUAUACAUACAUACCCUGUAUACCAUUUACCAUAGACAUUAUUUAUUAAGAUAAAAUAAUUAGUUUUCAAUAUAACCAUUUGCGCAUGCCCUGUAAACUGUCCUUUGGCUACAUACUCCUAUAUGUAUGUAUGGGUGCUGUAAAUGUUUGUUUUCUAAAUAUGUAUUUUAUUUUACAGUAUUGUAGGCUUUAUAAAACGUUGUUACCCUGUACUAAAUGUCAUGCUAAAGAUCGGAAACUUAUUGCAAUAUCUAUGUAACACAACACAUUUUUAUAUUAAAAUAUGUUAAUACUGUGGGCUAGAUUUAUAGAUGCUUGUUAAGAUGCCAUGACAUUUUGUUAAGGCAAGAUCAUGUGCAAAAUGAGUGAUCACAGAAUUAACCUUUUAAAGAGGGUGUAUCAUGUCUUACUCAUCAAAAUAAAAUCUGUAUGGGCAGACCUUA